ACAACCUUUAGAACCUUGAAAAUAUGGCAGCGGUGAUACAGAAACACAGCCAGAAAGAGAAAAGGGACAAGGACAAACAUUGUCGCAAGAUGGCCGGAGCAACACUUUUUGAGCGUGCACAGGCUUUGUCCAGUGUGAAUCGCGAAGAGGACAGCUCGCUGCUGAAUAAAAUAGUGCGGGAUCAGGAGGGUGCUGAGAACGAUGAAGAACGCAUACGCAUCAAGGAGCAGGGCAUCAUGCAGCAGGGUGAGCUCUACAAACAGGAGGGGAAAGCCAAAGAGUUGGCCGACCUUAUCAAAGUGACGCGUCCGUUCUUGAGUUCGAUUAGCAAGGCCAAGGCAGCGAAAUUGGUGCGCUCUUUGGUGGACAUGUUCCUCGACAUGGAUGCUGGCACUGGAAUUGAGGUGCAACUUUGCAAAGAUUGCAUUGAGUGGGCCAAGCAGGAGAAGCGCACCUUCCUGCGGCAAUCUCUGGAGGCCCGUCUGAUUGCUUUGUACUUCGACACCGCAUUGUACACAGAGGCUCUGGCAUUGGGCUCGCAGCUGCUGAAGGAGCUGAAAAAGUUGGAUGACAAGAAUUUGCUGGUGGAGGUACAGCUGCUCGAGAGCAAAACCUACCAUGCAUUGAGUAAUUUGCCCAAGGCCAGGGCUGCCCUCACCUCUGCCCGGACCACGGCCAAUGCCAUCUACUGUCCCCCCAAGGUGCAGGGAGCCCUCGAUCUCCAGUCGGGCAUUCUGCAUGCGGCCGAUGAGCGUGACUUCAAAACCGCCUUCUCCUACUUCUACGAGGCCUUCGAAGGCUUCGACAGCGUUGACAGCGUCAAGGCCCUGACCUCUUUAAAGUACAUGUUGCUGUGCAAGAUUAUGCUAGGACACUCGGAUGAUGUAAAUCAGAUUGUCAGCGGCAAGCUGGCCAUUACCUACUCGGGCCGCGAUGUGGAUGCAAUGAAAUCUGUGGCAGAGGCCUCACACAAACGCUCCCUCGCAGACUUCCAAAACGCCCUCAAGGAGUACAAAAAGGAACUGGCCGAGGAUGUGAUUGUGCAGGCGCAUUUGGGCACGCUCUACGACACCAUGCUGGAGCAGAAUUUGUGCCGCAUCAUUGAGCCCUACUCCCGUGUGCAGGUUGCCCACGUCGCCGAGAGCAUUCACCUGCCCAUGGCCCAGGUGGAGAAGAAGCUGUCGCAAAUGAUACUCGACAAGAAGUUCAGUGGCAUUCUCGAUCAGGGAGAGGGUGUGCUGAUUGUGUUCGAGGAGACGGCCGUGGACAAGACCUACGAGCGUGUGCUGGAGACCAUUCAGAGUAUGGGCAAGGUGGUGGACACACUCUAUCAAAAGGCCAAGAAGCUUUCGUAAGCUGGCUGGCUGGCUGGCUGGAUGUGGAGAAAUUAUUCAGAUUCAACAUGAUAUCAGCAGAUAACUAGCAGACAUUUCAUAAUUUUUCUUUUGGUUUUCUUUUUCUGUUACAAAAAAUUAACAAUUCUCAUGCCGAUUCCAAGCCAAACAAAUCUUCUGUUUCUGCGCAAACAAUAUAACAAAUCAAACAACCAAUUGGCAGCAAUAGCAACAGGAACCACAAACUCCAACCGGAAAACGUAAAGCGGAAACCAUUACCUAACUUAAGACAAAUUUAUUAAUCAUUUGUAUGGGAUCGAAUUGUUUGCGCGCGUGCGGUAUACUAAGCAAAAAUAUUCAAUUAACUACUUAAUAAAACAAAUCGAAAAGGCA